AAAAAAUAGUGAGAAGCAUCAGCCACUGCACCAACCAGAUCACCCAAAGGGAUGACUGGCUGUCAUCUUGCUCAGGAGUAAGAGAGGAAGCAAUGGGCUGGACUAUGAUUCUAAAAGAUGACUUUGGGGUCAUUGCCUGGACGCGACGAGCUGGGAGCUACCUGGGCCUCUUCCUCCUCUUGUCCCUCUUCUUCAGUCCAGUCCAGUCAGACGUUGUGUUUCACAGGGAGCAUCAGUUCUCAUGGAAAGCAGGUCAGUGGGGUCAGUGUAUCGGGGAGGAGUGUGGCUCUGGUGGGAUUCAGACGAGGACAAUAUGGUGCGUCCACACGGAGGGCUGGACGACCCACCACUCCCACUGUCAGCACACAGUCAAGCCAGAGAGCCAGCGGCAGUGCUUCAAGGUCUGCGACUGGCACCAGGACCUCUUUGAGUGGGAGCUGUCAGACUGGGGGAGCUGUCUCCUCGUCCCUUUCUUUUCCAAUGAGCUCAAGCUGAGGACAGCCGAAUGCGUUACAGCGCAGCACGGCAUCCAGAGACGCCAGGUCCACUGUGUACGCACUUCAAACCGCACCACGGUCACCUUGAGGAUAUGUGAAUUCUUUUCCCAGAAGCCACCUGUGGAGCAGGCUUGCCUGGUCCCCUGCCCCCAGGACUGUGUGGUGUCAGACUUCACCUCCUGGUCAGGUUGCAGCAGAACGUGCGGUGCUGGCCUGCAGCAUCGGACUCGACACGUCCUGGCCACACCCAUGUAUGGAGGGGCACACUGCCCCAACCUGACUGAGACCAGGACUUGCACUCGCUCUGUCAAUUGCCCCGCUGGGGAGGGCGAGUACCAGUACACACUUAGAGUAGGGGCCUGGAGCGAGUGCAGGCUACCCCAUCACAAGGACGCCCUGUUAAGUGGAAGGACCACAGUGGAUUUCAGCACCAGCUCCAAUGAGAACAACACAGUCACACUGCACACACUGACCUCUCACCACCCCUCACAUCACCACCACAACCACCACCACCACCAUCACCACACUCAUUCACUCAACAAAUACCACAUGUCUUGGGAACUGGAGGUGGGAUACCGGACACGACAAGUGCGCUGUACACGCAGUGACGGCAAGAAUGCUAUGCUGAGUCUCUGUACCAAGGACAGCUCCCCUCUGACCUUCCAGGCGUGUGUGAUGCCCAAAGACUGUCACAUAUCUGAUUGGUCAUUGUGGAGGCCGUGCUCCAAAACCUGCCGCUCCGCCGACCUGUCUCCCGGCUACCGCCUCCGGUUACGGAUCAUGACACAGAUCCCGAUUGGCGGGGGGAGACGGUGUCCUGCCCUUGAGGAGAAAGAAGCCUGCAACAUCAUGGGAGAUUUACUUCUGAACUGCCCCAGGUACAUGUGGAGGAGCACCGACUGGGGCGACUGUCGCGUCCUCCCCUUGCUGAGCCAGCAGGCCCGGCGGCUGGUUAACACCAGUGUUCUGUGUGGAGAGGGGAUCCAGACCAGGAAGACCUACUGCGUUCAAGUCCCUGAUGACUCAGCACCACAUCACAGGAAAGAGGUGUCCAGACCUGUGAACACCAGGCUGUGUGCUGCCAUGGAGCCGCCGUCCGCUGUCCAGCCCUGCUCCAUCCCCUGCCAGAACCACUGCCUGCUCUCCCAGUGGACAACCUGGGGCUCCUGCCUGCACGACAACUGCAAAGAACCACAGGGGAAGAAAGGUUUCAGACAGAGGAGGAGAGAGGUUUCGUGGGAGUCCAACAGUUCUCCAGACACCUGUCCUCACCUGGUCGAGUCCAUCCCCUGCGAGGACCCUGCCUGCUACCUGUGGCAGGUCCAACAAGAGGGAAGCUGCGUUCUCAAGAAACAGCCCUGUGGUCCUGGAUCUGCCGUCCAGAAUGUGACCUGUGUCAGCUCUGAAGGGGAAGAUGUGCCGGUCGGCCGCUGUGGUGAUGACCCUCCACCCACAGAAGUGGCCUGCGAGGUGGCCUGUGCCGCAGACUGUGUGGUCGGCUCCUGGUCCUCCUGGUCGCCCUGCUCGCACAGCUGUGCCACCAAGAGCUCCGAGGGCCGACAGAGCCGCUCUCGCACCGUGAGGGCUAUCCCAGGGAAAGAUGGGAAGGAGUGUCCCACAGCUCCAGCCCUGGAGGAGUGGAGGGUCUGUAACGACCAUCCUUGCGUGGUGUUCUACUGGGAGGCCUCGGCCUGGGGCCCCUGUAUCCAGGACACAUCCAUGGAUCUCAAUGGCACCAGCUUGUUGGAUGGGACCCCGACAUGUGCCGUGGGCGUCCAGAUCCGCAAGGUCACCUGCACCAAGAUGAAUGUCGGAGCUGUCAUAAAUAAAAGGUGCUCGGAUUCUUCUCGUCCCGACACCGUGCGACCCUGUUUGCUCCCCUGCAAGAAGGACUGCAUCGUGACGCCCUUCAGUGAAUGGACGGCCUGCCCUUCAACCUGUGUGCCAGAAAAUGCAACCGCCGCCACGCAGUCUCGAUACAGGACCAUCAUUCAGAGGUCUGCUGAUGGAGGUCAAGAGUGUCCCGACACCCUGUAUGAAGAGAGAGAGUGUGAAUCACUUCCAGUUUGUCCAGUGUUCAGGUGGAGGACGCACAAGUGGCACAGCUGCACUCUGGUUCCAGAAUCAGUUCAGCGUGGAUUAGGUGGACCAGGAGAAGCCUGUGGAAAUGGUCUAGAAACAAGAGGAGUCAGUUGUGUCGGGGAGAGCGAUGAUUCAGCCAAUAUGACGGAGUGCCUGCGAUGGGCUGGCCCCUUGCCCCCUCAGUUCAGAGAGUGUCGGGUGGCUUGCAAGGAUGACUGCACUCUAACUGCAUGGUCCAAGUACUCCGAAUGCACAGGAUGUGGCACCUCCACAAGUCGCAAGCGCUCCCUCACAGGUCGCAGCAAAAAGAAGGAGCACUGCUUGAAUGAGAAGUCGUACCCUGUGGAGGAGACAGAGCCUUGUCCCUGCGAUGAGUUUCUGUCCCAGCCCUCUGGGAACUGGUCUGCCUGCAUCCUCCCUGAUCCGUCGCUCUCAGGCUCCCUGCAGGGCUGGAUGAGCCAGCGGGAGGUGAAGGAAUGUGGCCAAGGUCUGCGCUACAGAGCAGUGGCCUGCGUUGACCAGCAGGGACUCCUGGUCAACCCUACGCUGUGCACGGACUCAGGCUACAUGGUGGAGAUUUGCCACAUUCCCUGUCCCCUGGACUGUAAGCUCAGCAACUGGUCGGCCUGGUCGCCCUGCAGUGCGUCCUGUGGCGGCGGGCUGAAGAUCCGGUCCAAGUGGCUCAGGGAGAAAGCUUUCAACGGGGGUCGGCCGUGCCCCAAGCUGGAUCUGAAAAACCAGGCUCAGGUGUACGAGGCCGUGCCGUGCCACAGCGUAUGCAGCCAGUUCGAGUGGAGGAUGGAGCCCUGGUCCAUUUGCACCAUCAACACCGUGGAUGACCUGCCAGCCUGCGGGGAGGGAGUCCAGAGCCGAAAGAUCAGGUGUGUGAAGAAGGGAUCGAGUGGGGAGGUCAGCAGUGCGGAGGACAGUCUCUGUGAUCAGGAGGAAUUGCCGCUCAGAGCCCAGGUCUGCUUUCUGGCCUGUCCCAACGACUGUGUGGUGACUCCCUGGGGACCUUGGAUCAGCUGUUUCCUGCAGUGUGACCAAGGGACGGCGAGGAACAGGAGCAGACAGGUCCUCCGCCCCCCGGCCUCAGAAAGCUCCGUCUGUCCAGAGCUGCUCCAGUCAGAGCCCUGCAUCCUCAACAGUACCUGCUUCACCUUCCAGUACCAAGUGUCAGAAUGGAGUACAUGCCAGCUGAGUGAAAACGCCAUAUGUGGCCAGGGGUCACGGUUGCGUAUCCUGGACUGUGUUCGCAGCGACGGGAAGAUCGUAGAGCUGCAGAAGUGCGAGCAGCUCGGCCUGACCAACAAGUGGAGGCUGUCGGAGCGGUGCGUGGUUGACUGUCCUGUCAGCUGCAUGCUCUCCGAUUGGUCGCCGUGGGCGGAAUGCUCGUACACCUGCGGUAGCCAAGCUCAGACGGUGCGCACGCGGAGGAUUCUGCAGGAGGCCCACGAGGAGGGGCGUCCCUGUCCCAACCAGCUCACCCAGACCAAGCCAUGUCCCAUAAAGCCUUGCUAUAUAUGGCUGCUGAGUGACUGGUCCCAAUGCGCUGUAGAGGGUGCAGAGUGCGGUGAGGGGCUGCGGAGGAGGAACCUGUCGUGCGGCGUCCACUGGGGCGACUGGCCCGAGUCUCCUCCUCGGCUGGUGGACGCGGAGCUCUGCGGAGACAAAGUGAGGCGGCGGAUUCAGCAGCAGAUGGAGCAGCCCUGCUUUGUUCCCUGUCCAGGAGACUGCCAUUUGACGGAGUGGUCCUCGUGGAGCUCCUGCCAGCUGACCUGCCUGGAGGGGCGGAGCUUUGAGACCACGGGUCGCCAAGCCCGCUCCCGAGCUGUGAUCAUCCAGGUCAGGGAGAAUCAGGGCAGCUGCCCGCAUCAGGUCUUUGAGACGCAGCCCUGCAAAGAGGGGAAAUGCCACAGUUACCAGUGGAGGACGGGGGGAUGGAGCAACAACCAGCGAGUCGUGUGGUGUCAGCGCUCAGACGGCGUCAAUGUCACAGGGGGGUGUUUCCCACAGAAGAGGCCCACCACGGUCAGGCACUGUCAUCCUCCGUGCACGAAGCCCUUCUCGCACUGCACGCCGAGCGGAGUGUGCGGGUGUGAGCGGGGUUACACCGAAGUGAUGACCACGCACGGUUUCUUGGACUACUGCACCAGAACGCCGGGGGUGGACAACCACAAGAAAGCUGACGUGAAGACCAACUCGGGAAGAUUAAAACCGGGGCCGUCUCAGGCUCGCGACCUCUACAACGAGUGGACCCUACGACCCGUCGGCCCAGAUGGAAGAGUAAAGCUGUGGGUUUACGCCGUGACCGCCCUUGGAUUCAUCAUGAUACUCUUCAUCAUUACCUUAACAUUCCUGGUCUGUAAGCCAUCCAAAACCACUAAGACGUCUCCUCCACCGCAGAAGCCCUUGACCCUGGCCUAUGACGGUGACAUGGAUAUGUAACCAGGCUGCUGCUAUACCUCACAACGACACGCUCAGCCUCUGACGGACUCCGGACUGCGAUCUGACCUGUUUGAGCUGGGAGACUUUUUUCGCUGUUUUAACAACUGUAUUGCAAAAAUAGAGCAAAUGGACGAAGCUCUCAUGUGAUCUGCUGCUGAGAGGCCACUUAGCCCAGAGGGUCUGCGUCGGCCAUCUUUCCUCCAGGAAGAGGAGGACCCAAAGCUGAUCGAGGUCACAGAGAAGUCUCUGGACAUAGGAAAUAAAGGGACCUGUAGUUUCUUUUUCUUAAUUGCUUGCAACAUGAACACAUAGUUGAAGCACAGUUUGCAACCCACAAAAACACAAGAACUCCUGAAAAGCAAAGAGAAAGUGGAUCCGCAGGUGUCGCCCCCCGGAGGUAUGAGGGGCCUCCUGGUUAUUUGUCUCGUGUGUGUGUGUGUAUGUCGUGAGGGGGACGGAACAUCUCGAGGCGGCCGUCACUCGUGACAUUAAAAAGGACAAUGGAGCAUUGACAUUUGAAUUUGUCUCAUUAGUGCUGGAAUCUUUGUAAAAAGAAAAUGUCACAAGCCUUUUGGGUAAACAAACAGCCUUUUUUUCAAUCUCUGAGAAUAAACAAGACACUUUAUGCACUAUGUUAGUGCUGAUUCCCUUUUUGUUUCCUUUCAGACGACUUUUUCUAGUGUUUUAAUUGUAAUGCAAGUUGUUGCUGUCAGAUUGUGUUUCGUUGAUGAUGCCAUAUGUUGUGUAUAUGUGGAAACCAAAAGCAGGCUUGCCUUGAGUUAAACGAUUCAACGAUGCAGUAAAUUCUCCUCCCUGAUGCUCAUGAAGACACUCGUCCACCGAGGACUCAAAUUAAGGAACGAUGUCAGAAAUUGUGCAACGACUACCGGAAAAAAACGGCAGGAUCACCAGACGGCAACGCUGACGGAUUCUUUGAAUGCAAGUUAUCAAAUACCAGCAUGAUGAUGAUCAUACCUCAUACACACUUCACUCUCAUCAAAGGCAAAACAAAACAGCUCCGAUUCACCAAAAACACAAACGAGAGUAGACAGGACGAAUUAUCCACUGGAUCACAGUUUUCAUCUGAUUAAAUUAAACUCAAUGUCUUUUACAAGGACGUCAUACUUUAAUCAUUUUCUUUUUUUACGACAUUUAUUCAACCAAUUAUACAAAUAAAUACAAAUUAGGCUGGUAGAGCGCAAGGAUGCAGACUCGUUUUUGACAGUUUUUAAUAUUUGUUUUGCACCAUGAAGACAGGGCUCGAACAUUAAAGACAGCAAAUACCAAAUAUUUGUGAGCACAGUUUAAUUGUGAACUAUUUCUCGGGCUCAUGCAUGAAAUUGUUUUCUUUUAUUCAGGCCAAGGGUUUUUGUUUUUUUUUAAUUAUAACUUUGGUUUUAUUCAGAUUUCCAUGAUUUAUUUAUCGCCAAAACUUCAUCCAAAAUCAUCUUGGUGGAUCGGAAAUUCGUACCCAAUUUAACCAUUUGGACGCGGAUCCUCCUGAGCCUCCCUCAUGACGCCCAGUGGAGAAUUAAAUUCCUAACACUUGGUGCUUUCCACCCUGACCAGAGUUUUUCGCUGUUUCUCUCUUUGCCUCCACAAACUUGAGAUUUGGUCUUGUGUCAUCCGACCUCCCUCUGAAUGUAUUUUACCAGACAUAAUCUAUAAUCUUAAUGGUUGUGCAAAUAUGGCUGUUACAUGCUGUAACAACUGUACGUCAACAGCUGAUUGUAUGUAGGCAUGCUUGAUUCAUUUUGGCAGAGAGUGCUCCAAGUGGCCUUGCAAAGAUUCUGUUUUACCAGUUGCCAAACAUUUUAGAGUGGUUUCCUUUAGGCUGGUGUUUCUGAUAUUCGGCCAAUAAAGGGGACACACGCGGUGAAUAUGAGGUCAAUGUACAACCUAAAUGUGAGAUGUUUUACAUUUUUUAACAUAACAUGGCCAACUAAUUAAAAAAAAGUUAUUUGGUCACAUUCACAUUAUGAAAGUAUGAACAGCCUCUGACCUGAUGAAGAGAAGUCCUCUGGGUUGUGUCCCGGAAUAUCUGAAAGUAUGAUCAUCCAUUGUUUACAGUGCCAUGCUAUUUGUGUUACUAUUAUGUGUACAUGGAGAGCUGGACAAAAAUGCAAAUAAAUUGUGAAACAAUGUGAAAAUAAAAUGGUGCAUACUCUCUUCUCCUUGUUGCACACCUUCAUA